CGGCGACGGCGGGGGGAGACUGAGCGGCCGAGGAGCCGGUGUGGCAUCGGUGCAUCGCAGCGGCCUGAGGUCGCGAGCAGCACAGCAGGGUGCGCCAGGCGCCGACGCGGUACGGGGCACCGCGCGACGCGUGAGCGCGUGGCCGGUCUCAGCACCAAGACGCAUCAAAGCCGGCGCUAGGCAGGGCACUAUCGCGCUGCUGCGCAGCUGUGCCUGCGCUGGUCCCUGGAGGAUUAGUGACAGCACUCACCAAUUUGUGUUUUGCAGAAUUGGGAGAAAUCAAGUAAGUACUAACUAGGUGUAUAAAUGCAAUUCCAUUUCACUGAUUCAAUUAGCCCCUAUUCAAUUUGUCCGUGGAUAGUGCUGCAUUGGUUUAAGGAAGAACCUCUUCCUGAAUCUACCAUUUCUUAGUUUUAGCCUUUGGGGUAAGGAUUUGGUGUUUCUAGACCUAAGUUAGUGACUCCAGUAAGGGUUUGUGGGAGCUUAUCAAUCAUUUUUUUACUUAUCCAACCGCUACAAAUAGAUGGUGUAGUGAUUUGUCUGAUCAAGUUUGCUUUUGUCCUGUUUUGUAUAAUCAUAUGGUGAUUUUGGAGGAAAAAAACUGGGAUGUUAUUUUUCACAUGUUGCGGGAUGGUUGCAGUAAAGGUGGUUAGAUUACUUUGGAACAAAUAGUUCAAUGUUGAUAAGCAUUGGGUUUUCUCAAGUUAUGGUCCUGAAUUAAUUCUGAUUAGUUAGUGUUGGAGCACAGGAAUGGGAUUCAGGUGUACACAGCUUACUUCAAAAUGGCGAACAAAAGAACAAGAGAUUUUAAUAAAAACAAGUUCUGUUCUCUUUGUCAAAGUUCUUUCUAUGCUAUGUGCAGAUAACUUCACAACAGAUCAGGAAGCUUUAGAGCUUGGCAAUGGAGAUGAGAGCCCGGGAAUCUGUAAGCAUGUCGAAGGAUCUAACUGGGGAAAUCACACCUUUUGCCACUGCCCUACAUGAUGUGUUCCUCCACUCCCAUUGCUCAUCAUGCUUCACCAAGUUACUUCCACAAACCCCUUGUGUCAUGUCUUGCAUGACAUGCUGUUCUCUUCGAUACUGCUGUUCAGAGUGCUUACGUGCGGAUUCAGUGGUGCAUGUUUCCUCUGGUGAAUGUUGCUUUUUUGUGGAUCACCUCAAGAGAGCCUCCCCUUCCUAUGUUACUGAAGGAACGAGUGAUUUGCGUGCUGCCCUCCGCCUUCUGUGUGUGCUUGAGAUACAUGGUCUUGUUUCGCCUGAUUCAAUCAAUCACUACAGUAGAAUUGGUGGACUUUCAGCAAGUGGUAUUGAGGAAGCUUUGAAGGAAGGUGAGGUUAUUGCUGAGAGGAUACUGGAGGGGAGCUUAUUGAUGUCAUCUGCUAGAAAAUCGAGGGCACAGACUUGUGUUAUUUUUUCAGACAGGCUUAAACUUGAGAAGAUGGCAUUAUGGGCAGUGAUUAUCAAUAGCGUCGAGGUGCAACUUAGUGAAGGGUUAGCUUUGGGAGUUGCAGUGUAUGGCCCGAGUUUCUCAUGGUUCAACCAUAGUUGCUUUCCCAGUGCUUCUUACCGGUUUGUACUGGCUCCAAGGAAUGAAGACUGUGCUUCACAGAAAUCAAAAUCCAGUGUAGUCCCUGCUAGCAAAGGAGUUGCAGCUGAUGUGUGGCAUGCUUGGCAAUACGAAGAUCAUUCUACUCAUGCACUGUGCAAAUAUGGCCCAAGAGUUGUUGUUCGUUGCAUAAAACCAAUUAACAAGGGAGAUGAAGUGUGCAUAACAUACAUUGAUCUUCUCCAGACCAGGGAAGCAAGACAUUCGGAUUUGUGGUCAAAGUAUAAAUUUAUUUGUUCUUGCAGGCGAUGUAUUGCAUCACCAGAGCCAUACACUGAUCUUAUUCUGAAUUGUGAUGUGAGGGACUUGGAUAAAGCAGAAGCAGAGGGUACUGUUACACCUCCAGCAAUUGAGAAUUUGGGUGAUGUCCUACAACAGGCAAUAUCUGAGUACACGUCAAAUGAUGACCCUGAAGCUUGCUGUGAUAUGAUUGAAACCAUGCUUUCCAACAGGUUGGUGAGUGGUUUGAAGCAAGAGGAUAUUUCAGGGAGAAAACAUAUACUACAGCCUCUUCACCAUAUCUGUCUUACUGCUUACAUGACACUUGCCUCUGCUUACCGGUUUCGCGCCUUAAGUUUAGAAGAAGCUGUCCGUUCAGAUGGAGAAAAUACUGAUGAAUUUUUUAGAAUGGCUAAAGCAGCAGCAGCGUAUUCCCUGGUACUUGCAGGGAGUACACACCAUUUGUUCUUAUCAGAAUGUUCUCUUAUGAUCCCCCUGUCUCAUUUUUUGUUAAACACUGGACAGUCUCUGUUAUAUCUUGUUGAGUCUAUCAAGGGAAAGACAAGGCAAAAUAUAUCCGAGGCCAGGCUCAGCUUUUCUUCAUGUCCAGCAAGUUCUACAGACAAUGAUUCUCCACCGUACCAUGUGUUCAGAUCAACCUGUGAAGCGUUUGGCAAGCAAAUGUUAUCCCUGUCACUGCGGUGCUGGUCAUUUCUAGUGCGAGGUUUACCCUGCCUGGAAAAGAUAAAGAGCCCCAUGGAAUUUAGUAUGCCCGGAACAACAAUAUUUCAGUCUGUCCUUUCUGAGGAAGACCAUGCCAACCUUUCCGCGCACGAGCCAGUAGGUUUCACGGAGAGACAAGCGGGGUGCAUCCUUAGUUUGGCUCUAUGUUGUAUCACCUACUGCAAAUAUCUUGCUACCAUAUGCUACGGCCCACAUCAUUAUCUGGCAGACCAUGCAAAAUAUCUACUUGAAGGUAUCGAUCCUGCACAAUGAAUCUUCUUUCUUGGCAUAGGUGUGUUGUGAAAUCUUAUGCUCUUAUGAGUUAAUGUAAAACGUGUCGUGAUUAUCAAGGCUGUUGAGCUUAUUUUCUAUAUGAUUGUAUGCUGAGCUCGUUAUUUAUUAUUUUGUAUGGAAGCACCAUUUUUCUAAAAAAAUUUGGUCACUGGGAAGUUGUAUCACUGA